UGUAAGGGGAGGAGAGGAGAGAAUGUCUUGCUCACGAAACAAAACUUAACAUUCAUAGAAACCAAAACCAACCGACGUGGAAGCAGUAUUUGACUCUUUCAGGAGUCAAAUAAAACGCAGUUUGGAACAAAUUGUCUGACAGACAGAAAACAUAACAAGGAAUGGCCUCUGCUAACACUUCCUGGUCUGAGGAGGACUUUUCAUGUUCCAUCUGUCUGGAUGUGUUCAGCAGCCCGGUUACCACACCAUGUGGACACAACUUCUGCAGAACCUGUAUUACAAAGUUCUGGGAUGAACAAGUCAAGUACAAAUGUCCUGUUUGCAACCAGAUUUUCGACACAAAACCUGAUCCACGGGUCAAUACCCUCUUAUCAGAGCUGGCUGCUCAGUUUAGAACAACCGUACGAGUUAAAGAGCAGCCUUGUGUUGAACCAGCAGAAGUUCCCUGUGACUUCUGUACUGGGACCCAGCAGAAGGCUGUGAAGUCCUGCCUAGUGUGUUUCACCUCUUACUGCCAAACCCACCUGGAGCCACAUCAGAGAGUCGCAGUCCUGAAGAAACAUCGGCUGGUCGAGCCUAUGGACCGUCUGGAAGACAGGAUGUGUAAGAAACACGACCGACUUCUGGAGCUCUUCUGCCCGACUGAAGAGGUGUGUGUGUGUCUGUUGUGCACAGUGACGGACCACAAGUCCCAUCCUGUUGUACCUCUGAAGGAGGAAUAUGAAGUGAAGACGGCCCAGCUGGGGAAGAUAGAGGCUGUUGUUCCGCAGAUGAUCCAGGAGAGGAAACAAAAGAUUAAGGAGAUCAAAGGCAAAGUAGAACUGAGCAACAAAGUUGCAGACAGAGAGAUAGCCAUUGGUGGGCAGGUCUUCACUGCUCUGAUAGGCUGUGUUGAAAAGUUCCGCGAUGAAUUCAACCAAACGGUUCAAGAGGAACUGAAAUCCACAGUGAAACAAGCUGAAGACCUCAUCAAAGAGCUGGAGCAGGAAAUAGAAGAUCUGACCAAUAGAUGCUCAGAGGUGAAGCAGCUCUCACACACUAAAGACCACCUCCACUUCCUCCUGGCCUUCAGAUCCCUGAAGAAUCCUCCACCCACCAGGGCCUGGACCACGUUGGAGGUCCGUCCUCCGUCAUACGUAGGGACCUUGAGGAGAUCCCUGGAUCAGCUGGAGGAGACACUGAACAUGGAGAUGAAGAAGCUGCGUGAUGAUGCUGUACUGAAGAGGGUCCAGCAGUAUGAAGUAGAUGUGACUCUGGAUCCUGAUACAGCUGCUUCCAGUCUCAUCCUGUCUGAGGAUGGGAAACAAGUACAUUGUGGUGGUGUAGCGAAGAGACUCCCAGACAACCCUAAGAGAUUUACAAAAUUUUUGUUUGUUCUCACGAGGCAGAGCUUCUCCUCAGGGAGAUUUUACUUUGAGGUCCAGGUUAAAGACAAGACUGAAUGGUUGUUAGGAGUAGUCAGAGAGUCCAUCGACAGAAAAGGUGGGAGCAUGUGGACCCCUGAGGUGGGUUACUGGACUCUGCUCUACUACAAGGAUGGGUUGGUAUUUAGUGAUAACCCUCCUCUCCGUCUCCCUCUGAGAGCUGAGCUCCAGAAGGUGGGGGUGUUUGUUGAUUAUGAUGAGGGUGUGGUCUCCUUCUAUGAUGUGGAAGUCAGGGUUCAUAUCUACUCUGCUACUGGCUGCACCUUCAGUGAGCCUCUCUAUCCACUCCUCUGCCCAGGUCCCCGUGAUUAUGGAGGUAACAACUCUGCCCCCCUGAUCAUCUCACCUGUCAAUCAAACAGACCCGGUGAUUCAUUCUGUUCCUUCAGUCUCAAUCCUCCAAGCUGAGCAGAUGUUCCUCCAGAGCUCUCUGUUGGUUCUCCUAGCAGCACACCUGGAAGGUCCUCCAGCCCCCUGGGUCCCAGCAGGUCUCUAUGGGGUCCUGCCCCCUGACAUGGCCUCUGCUAACACUUCCUGGUCUGAGGAGGACUUUUCAUGUUCCAUCUGUCUGGAUGUGUUCAGCAGCCCGGUUACCACACCAUGUGGACACAACUUCUGCAGAACUUGUAUUACAAAGUUCUGGGAUGAACAAGUCAAGUACAAAUGCCCUGUUUGCAACAAGAUUUUCGACACAAAACCUGAUCCACAGGUCAACACCCUCUUAUCAGAGCUGGCUGCUCAGUUUAGAACAACCGUACGAGUUAAAGAGCAGCCUUGUGUUGAACCAGCAGAAGUUCCCUGUGACGUCUGUACUGGGACCCAGCAAAAGGCUGUGAAGUCCUGCCUAGAGUGUUUUAUGUCUUUCUGCCAAACCCACCUGGAGCCACAUCAGAGAGUCGCAGUCCUGAAGGGACAUCGGCUGGUCGAGCCUAUGGACCGUCUGGAAGACAGGAUGUGUAAGAAACACAACCGACUUCUGGAGCUCUUCUGCCAGACUGAAGAGGUGUGUGUGUGUCAGUUUUGCACAGAGUCAGACCACAAGUCCCAUCCUGUUGUACCUCUAAAGGAGGAAUAUGAAGUGAAGACGGCCCAGCUGGGGAAGAUAGAGGCUGAAGUUCCGCAGAUGAUCCAGGAGAGGAAACAAAAGAUUAAUGAGAUCAAAGACAGAGUAGAACUGAGCAACAAAGUUGCAGACAGAGAGAUAGCCAUUGGUGGGCAGGUCUUCACUGCUCUGAUAGGCUGUGUUGAAAAGUGCCGGGAUGAAUUUAACCAAACGGUUCAAGAGAAACUGAAAUCCACAGAGAAACAAGCUGAAGACCUCAUCAAAGAGCUGGAGCAGGAAAUAGAAGAUCUGACCAAUAGAUGCUCAGAGGUGAAGCAGCUCUCACACACUAAAGACCACCUCCACUUCCUCCAGACCUUCAGAUCCCUGAAGGAUCCUCCACCCACCAGGGACUGGACCACGGUGGAGGUCCGUCCUCCGUCAUACGUAGGGACCUUGAGGAGAUCCCUGGAUCAGCUGGAGGAGACACUGAACAUGGAGAUGAAGAAGCUGUUUGAUGAUGCUGAACUGAAGAGGGUCCAGAAGUAUGAAGUAGAUGUGACUCUGGAUCCUGAUACAGCUCAUCCCCAUCUCAUCCUGUCUGAGGAUGGGAAACAAGUACAUGAUGGAGUUGUGGAGAAGGUACUCCCAGACAACCCUAAGAGAUUUACACAGUAUAUGUUUGUUCUCACGAGGCAGAGCUUCUCCUCAGGGAGAUUUUACUUUGAGGUACAGGUUAAAGACAAGACUUGUUGGUGGUUAGGAGUGGUCAGAGAGUCCAUCAACAGAAAAAGAGGGACCACGUGGACCCCUGAGACGGGUUACUGGACUCUUCACUACAACAAGGAUGGGUUUGUAUUUAUAGGUAGCCCUCCUCUCCGUCUCCCUCUGAGAGCUGAGCUCCAGAAGGUGGGGGUGUUUGUUGAUUAUGAUGAGGGUGUGGUCUCCUUCUAUGAUGUGGAAGCCAGGGUUCAUAUCUACUCUGUUACUGGCUGCACCUUCAGUGAGCCUCUCUAUCCACUCCUCUGCCCAUAUAACCGUGGUUAUGAAGGUAGCAACUCUGCCCCCCUGAUCAUCUCACCUGUCAAUCAAACAGACUAGGACCUUUGUUUGAUAAUAAAACAAAGAAACAACCAAAACAACUAAUGUUGAUUACUGAAUUAGAAUCUCUACUAUGGGAGGUCUGAGAGAACUGCUUUAAUGUCGUACUGCUGACAUUUAACGAGGAGAUGUUCUUUAAGAACAUGAUCACAGUUGUUGAAUUCAACCCAUUAUGAAUGGUUGAAUUACACAUUAUAUUUUGUCUGUUUUGUUUCCAGAUCUUUUUACACAUUUAAUGCUAUAAAGUUGUUAAAAGUUGCAGUUAUAUAGAACAUAAGAGGACUAACAUGUUAAGAGGACUAAUUUGUACAAAAUAAUAGUUAAUCGUUUUUUAACAUUGCCAUCCGUUUUAAUUUCUGAAUAGUGAAUGACAAAAGAACACAAUGUCCUUACACGUGUAUUGAAUUUUUUUUAAAUCUGUAGGCCUACCUGCGUUAUCUAAAAUCGAUAUAUUCCAGUCUAAUAGUGUCCAGUAGAAUCACUGUCUCAGGGUAAUACAAAAAAUAAAUGUGUUUGUUGCCUCAAACCUUUAUUUUGAUCAUUUCGAGAUUGAUGGAACGUUUUAUUUCAGUAAAGAAUUUUAAAAGUUGGUAGUUGAUGAACCAGUAAAACUGAAAUCUCCACCAUACAACCCUUCAUGUAUUAAACACUUAAAGAAGGUCACAGUGACUACAUGUAAAGAUUCUCCCCAUGUGUGUGAGUACCGUGACUUUGUCUUGUCACCUCUCCUCUCCUUUCUUCUCGUCUCCAUCCUCUCCUCUCUUCUUCCUCUCUCUUCUUUAUUCAUCUUCAUUAAGUGUGUUCACAUGUCAAAAGUCACCCCAUUUAGAUGAAUCUAGAAUAGAUGUUGGACAACUGAACUCCCACUGGGUGAGUUCGGCUGUAGUGAAUCACUAUGGUGACGGUGACGCUCCCGCUCGUGCGGAGUCCUCCUCCCAUAACCACGCCCACUGACUGCCUGGACGACGCGAUGAGAGGGAGAACCCCGACGCUGUUGGCACGAGAGCCGUGGACCUCGAUACCUAUGAGCAGCCAGCAGCGUGGGAAUGAACAAUCCCAGCCAUCACACGUUUGAUUAUGUGUGUCAACUUCUCCCUGAUGGUCUGAAUAAGUCGCAAAGUGUGUCGUUAGUCGCCUUUUAAAUAAAGUCGCAAAGAGAGUCAAUGAUACGUGAACAACUGUUAAUGAUCUGUAAUGUUUGAUAGGCCUACUAUUAUUUUAGUCAUUCUGUUUAUUGUGCACUUGUACUUUUAUUCGUUGUUAAAGCAUAAUACUAAUAAACAACUCAGUCGAACCAA